AUGAACAACAUUACCGACUGGUCGACUAAAAAAUCAGUGAUAAUUGAGCUGUAUCAUCGCUGUGAGUCAUUUAAUUUCUUAUUUCUUCUUAUAUACACGGACGCACAAAACCAACUUAAUUAACAGUACCUCGUUUGAAUCGGGCACAUAGAAAGAUAAUGCCGUGUUUGCCCUGUAAGCAAUGGAAAGUAACCGAUUUUGACCAAGAGAUACAGCUCAUUUUCUUUUGAUUUAGGCGGAAUUAAAUACUGGGUGCUUCAUGUUUAAAAUAACAGAUUAACUUAUUCCCAGCUGAAUUUAAAAGAAUAUAACUGAAAAUUUCGUUCCACCUUCCUCUUCCAUUCAGACCAAUUGGACGCUGGAAUUUUUGUUUGUUUAUCCCUCGGGUCACAAGGGAUAAGUAAAUAAGUAAAUAAAUAAAUAACGAUUUAGUGGCGCUCGCUCAUCCACAUAGUGGUUCUUUGUCUGCCAUUCUGGCUCAAAUUUACCCUGCGUAACUGGCGGGAUUAACGUGGGAGUGAUGCAUUGUUUUGGCGGCGAUGGCGGAAUAAGGGUAAGAAGCAACAAAACUCAACCAGGCCGACCACAUAUGAUGUUGCCUGAGGAAUCAAGCAGAGGACAGUCAUUAAUGAGAGGGGAGUGUUCUCACCUGAAAUCCAGUAGAACCUCUAUGUAACGAACUCCUCGGUAUAAUUAACAAUUCUUCUACCAGAGUGCGUUGGAUAUGAGAUGUUAGAGAGUCCGUAUUAACGGAGGGACCUUAUUAAGCGGGUAGAAAAUGUAAGGGCUUUCUGUUCCCAGGGACAAAGCAAACUGUUCGUAACAAUGAGAUGUCUGUAUUGAGCGGGUUUCCAUACCGGAGCGGGGUUUGACUGUACAAUAAAUAAAAGGAACCUCGAUAUAACAAUUUAAACCUCUUUAUUAAUAUAGUGAAUAUAUUUUGCCCGUCCUUUGGGUCUUCGUUCAGCUGUUCGUUACAUCAAGACUCCAAUGUAAAGUGUUAUGUGAUUGUUAAAAAGAGAAAACGAGACGCCGAAUAGCUAUUGAAAGCAACCCUUAGUAGCACAGGCCAUAUUGGUGGGAGGUAAGAGAAGUGGGGUACAUCCGAUCAACCGAUCGUUAGAGCGUCUCUAAAGACGGCUUGACGAGACAAGUCGCAAAAGAGGGAACCAGUGGGAUAAACAAAAUCAACACGUUAAAACUCCAAAGCGUUGUGAUGCCCCAUAUAUUGUCACAAAUACUCAGGAGGGGAGGGUAAGAUUAAGAAUGUUACCUCCUACGGUUGCACAAAAAAAUGGUAACGAUUUUCAAAUAAUAUUUGCUCAUCAUAUCUUCUUCUCAUCUAAUACAGGUUUCUUUCCAAAAGCUCCGAAGAUUUCUUCCCCCCAGGUUCCGGUGGAAGCCUACUUCAAUGUCACUUUAGAGUGCGAAGUAGGUGUUAGGCCAAGCGACUGUUGGGACAGUUCUUUACGGUGGUAUUUUAUCAACAACUCAAGGAAAUUAGAAUCUGGUGAAAAGUAUGAUAUACAAGAAAGGAAAACCGACACCAAAUGCAAAACAGAUUUCAUUCUCACCAUUGUUAACGUUACUGAAACAGACGAGGGAAAGUAUAAAUGUCAGUGGCUCUGCGAGGAGGACUACCCCAGCUUUUCCAGGUCUUCAAUAAUCCAGUUGAAAGUAUAUUCUCCUUCAGAAAAAGGUACUGUUACUCCUGUGAUAUCUAAAAGUCUUGUGUCACGAAUUUAUUCCUGGGUAUGUGCCGCUGGCCUCUCAGAGCCCCUACGCCAUUAUAGUCUAUUCUGUGGCCAAUUAUAGACCAUAUCUUAGUCACUUUUGUACAAAUGUGUAAUUUUCGCGAUCCCAACUUAGUCACUUACUAUUUUUAUGAAUUGACCCAUUUUUUAGAUUGAAGAAGAACACUUUACUUUUCAUCUGCAGUACAAACAUUCUGGUACGUUUGCUAACCGUAAAUAUGGAGAACUGUCUUACCCCCCAAAAAUCCGAAAAUAUGCUACCCCAUGAUAAUAAAUCCAGUCGUGAAAAUGGGACCACAGCGAGCGGCACGUCCCCAUUAGCCUCUUAUAAGGAGGUACUCACACCCCACCCCCCACCCCCUCAGCCUUAAAACAGUAACACACCAAAUGCAAAAGGAGCCGUGUCAUGUGAGGACAAGCUUGAAGGGUUGAAACCGAUUGCAACUGAUUUUUUCAUUAGAAAACGGAGAAUCCAAUCCGAAGAAUAACUCGCAAUUGUAUAACAGUAAUUUUAUUCGGUCUGAAAUAAAAUUGAACAAAUAUAUUCUAUUCAAAAAGUGUAAUCAAAUAAUUGAUACAUGAAACUAGACAAAGGGGAAUAAAUUCAGAUAAAAGCUAAAAGUUUAUUCAAGCGAAAUCACGCGGUUCUUGAAACAAACUUAAUUUAAGCGACUUUAACUCUGUUUAAAAGGUGACGAAAGAAAGACUAAACAAACAAAACGAAGGUAAUCUAAGAUACUUCUAUGGUGAGUUUUUAAAAUGUCCUUGAAUAAGCAUCAAAUCGGUCCGGGUAGCAGGUAAACUGUUAACACUUUGAUCCUUGCAGUACAGCGGUCGGUAAAAAACUUAUAGAAACUCGAACAAAGCGGGUACUUUUGUGCUUCCUGUUGGGCGUUUACGGUUUUCCUACUUUUGCCAGCAAGAUUAAAUAUAAAAAUUCCUUGAAUAGUUCGUUUACUAGGUUAACACUGAGGUUUUUGAAAACUCAAAUAGCCUAAAAGUUUUUCAAAAUUCAUUUUUUUUUGCCUGUAACUUUUCAUAUAAUGUUUGGGGAACAAAUGUGUUUGACAUGAAGCAGUGAUUUUGUCAUUUGCAAGUGAUUUCUUAACUUACGCUGAGUUCCAUUGAGAAUAAGGACAUAUUUGGCAAUAUUAUCAAAAUGAACUAGCAAACCAUGACGUCAUAGCCCAUUUGUUUCUGUAAGAGGGUACUCCCUUUGUAAGCGAAUUGUUUAAAACCGUUUGGGUCUGAAACAGGGAAAGGUUUUGCGCCGUUUGGAUACAGGGUCUGAAAUUAGAUGUUCGUGCAUGAGUUUUUGAUAUUUUUGUUGUUGCUAUUGUUUUAAAUCAUCCGCCUUCAGGUCUGUGAAUAGGGUAGGAAAAGUCGUGCUCUACCGAAACAGGUGGACAGCGAACUCCAUAAAUACGUGCACUUGAAAUUUCCUUUUAAACGGAUAGUGCAAUCGAAGGGUAAAGUUUAAUUCUGUUUUUGAAAUAAUUAGUAUAGGUAAUAGCAUGAUUUGUAGUGAUAUUUGACAUAAAUACCACGAGUGAUAUUUCGAAAUUGUUAUACAUAAUUUCACGAGCCGCUAGGCGAGUGAAAUUUGAGACAAUUUUGAAUUAUCACGAGUGGUAUUUAUGCCAAAUAUCUCGUACAAAUCAUGCUAUUAUUUUUUUAUACUACUACCCGCAAAAGGUUUGUAAUUUUCACAUGUAGGUAUUUCAAAUUUAACUGAAAUACAACUGCUCUAAGCCAAUCAGAUUGCAGAAAUUUCUCAUGUAGUAGUAUAAUCAUGGAGGUAAAUUAUAGCUCAAAUUUCUACUCGUGUGGGGCUAUUUAUUAUUAGGAGCCAGACAGCAACUCUGUCGCGAUACCCAUCAAGGGGACGGCGAAUCGUAACACCCUCCUUUAUCUGCAUAAUCGUUUCACACGAUACAAUAGCCGAAUCAGAAUCCAGCACUGCAUCUGGGUUGAGUAAUGUAUUAGGUUCCAUAUUAUAUUUUUGGGCAGGUUUUGCACAUGUGCAGUUGCAUUAAAAGAAUGAAUAGCAAAUGGUUCGUUUCGUGUUGUUGUUUAAGACCAAAAUAUUACAAUUUUAGCGACUAGGAUGGCGCUUGUACGGCAAGUUGGAGAGUAUGUGGACGGUAAAGAAGAAAUUGCAAGUUAUAUCGAAAGAGUCGAAUUGUAUUUUGCGGCGAAUUAUGUCAAGGCGGAUUACAGUUUGUUGCUACGUUUCUAGCGUUUAUUGUAGCAGAUGCAUAUGGCGUGCUGCGAAAUUUGUUAGCCCCUGAACGUUCAAAAUAUAAGUCUUUUGUGCAAUAGUAUGAAAGCUGACUGAACGAUUUGGAAACCCAGCUCUAAUUUCAAGGUUACCGAUCAAUAAGUUCCUGGAGAUAUCAGCAGAUCAGGAUGAAAACACUUUGACAACUCGCGGAACAUAUAUUGUGAGAACAUUCAUGGAGCAGGCUUUAGACCAGCAACUAAUAUGCAGCAGAUUAUUACAAAGCUACCUCCAAAAAUUGCAGUAAGGUGAAGCAGGCAAAAGUUAAAGCUACAGCCCAAAUAAGUUGACCUUAGCGACCUAGAUGAGUGGCUAAAACCGAGAGUCAAGUCAAAGUGAUAGCCUUUGGCUGCUCCAGUAAUAUAGAGAAUCCUGAACAAGAGAAACCCAAGUCAAAUUCAAACAAAUCGAAGUGGCUCAGGAGAAAGAACAUGCGAAGACUCAUGUAAUGUUUUGUGAGCUAAGAAAAACAUUUACUGACAUUGUAUGAAACCUGGAAGAAUCAAUUGUAAGUGAACGAUGGUAAUUAUAAGAGAAGUUGGGUUUGUGCUUUAGAUGCCACAGUAGAGGACAUCGUCGGCUGAGACAUUCCAAUCCUCGCAAGAAGCCACAGGAAAGAUGUCAUCACCUGGAGUACCAACUAAUCACACGAGCUGUUGAGGUUCUGAAGACUUGAACCAGUAAGUGUACCACGCCCUGAAAGGGUAGCGCUGCAGAUGAUACCCACCAUAUUGAUGGUGGGUCUGGGUCGUCCUUCCUGAAGAGGAGAUCGCUGAAAUACUGGGUUUGUAAGCACUCUGUGUUGCUGCUUUUGGAGCGAAGUCGAAUGUAACGGAUAGCAAAAAUGUAACUGCCCGCCAGCCUUGAGGGUAUGAAUUUGAGCAACAAGAAGCAAAUAUUUUUUUGUGGAAAUUUGUGAAAUGAAACAAACUGAUUGGUCCGUCAAUGCAAGAAAUUAGAUCAUAAUCGCGACCUGGAGAUCAUAAAGCCAGUUCAACACGUAGAAGUUGAUUGAGAAGUGAUUAUUAUGAGGAACUCAUUUUACCACUUGAAUAUCGCAAAGGACAUGUGGGAGAGCCUGUAACAGUAAAGAAAACCACUCGCAUAGGCAAUAGUUGGCAGGGGCACCCAACGUCAAUUUUCGGAAAAUAUCUGUUCGGAACACGAUUUGAGAUCUAAAAUUUUCGGAACAUUUGUUGUAAAAUUUCGUACCUGCCUGCCUCUCCUAGCAUUUUAGAACAACUGAAAAAUGGUAUAAUUGCCCAUUUUUAGCGGAUUUUUACCCUAAAAGGGUCACCUAGAAUUUUCGGGAGUCUUUCGAAAAGGUAAGGUUUGAUCCCUAUAAUUUUCGGAUCACUAGACUUUCAGCUAGGAAAUCCCAACAGAUCAAAAUUUUUUAUGGGAUACAAAUACGCCUAUAAGUACCGUUUAAUACUAAAAUACGUUUAACAAUGCUAUGUUUAAGUGGUUUGGAACUAUAUUCUCGUUGGGUGCCACUGAGUUGGAAAUGUCUCGGAUAAAGCAAACGAGUUUCAUGAGGCUUGCAAUGGUUACACAUAUACCAAGCGACCUUUACUCCAGAAAUGAGGGCCGAUGGGCUAAUACAAAAGAUGUGGGACGAAGACGUUGAGGGAAUUGCUGAUCAAAACAAGCGCUUGACAGCAGAGGAGGUACUUGCUGCGCGCAAAUAGGCACAAUCAAAGCGUUAUGCUAAGGGGCUAUGAAGUGGCAAUUCCAUAGAAGGACGAUGAUUCGCCGUUGUGUUCAAACAAAAAGACUGCUGAAGACCGACUUAUCUCUUGAGAAACACCUUCAGGCAAUGCAAUUUACAUUUCUUUGUCUCAUUCUCUUAAACAAGCAUCAUAAACUCUGACCACGAGAGAGAAAACAUCCAGUUUGACCAAAAUUAUGGACCGAAAGACCCUCGGUAAGGGUGGAUUUACGUUUUGAGAGGCGAAUAACAGUGUAUAAGCACUUGGAGGGUUUGCCAGACACAUGUUUAUCAUUCACAAAUCUUCUUUUACAUUUGCUUUCCCUCACUACAUGAACUCAUCCUAAUGCAAUCGAUACAAGUAAAUCUUUGAUUGGAAACGAUUUUAGCAUUAAGUGAACGCUUGAAUCAAGAUAGCUUAUUCGCAGAAGAUGCACGAUUACAGACAUUCGCCUACAAUUUAUUUCUGGGUUACGUAUUUCUCUUUACAAAUUUCCCUAUUCAUUUCCAAAUUCAUUCUCCGGCUGUUAAAAUGAAUUGCAUGUAAAAAGUGCAAGGGGAAUAAAGGAAAUUACACCUUCUAAUAAAAUCUAGAAACUGAGAGUGUUUUGAUCAAAGCAGCGUAAAUCGAUUUGAAUCAGUGCAUGGAAUCUUGCGUUUUCUGUUUUUAUCUCCCCAAUAUGAUAUCAAUAUGAAUCUGUAAAUUUCAAAGCGCUUCAAAAGAGUCAUACAAAGGCAAAGGAUACAACUGACCAAAAAAGAAAAAAGAAAAAGGGACGUUGUAAUGUCAACUAUAUUAAACACCUGCGCAUAUAUAAAAACCAACACCGUAACUCAUAUGUUUAUAUAAUUACUUAUAUAAGUAAUCGUAUUUGUUUCUCUUUUCACUUUAGAUAUCUUUUUUUUAUAUAUCGAUGAAAGUAAUAUGUAGGGGACGUUUCCCCUUUACCAACUAUAUUUGCAGAUUCUUCGACACCAUCGUCACAAAAGACCACUAGUUCAACUUCAACAGGUCAGUGAUGUUAAGGGGUGGUCACUAAGUAUAGUGUUGCAAUGCGACUAAUUGCAGUGGCGUAUCCAGACCUUCAAAUAAAGGGGGGCGGUCAUCCAGACCCUUAGAUAAGGGGGUGGGGGCGGUCUUAAAUUUUUUUUUCGACCUUUCAGGCCUGAGUUUGGUCCAAAAAUAGCGGGGAGGGCCGGGCCUCCUGGGCCCCUCCCCUGGAUCCGCCUCUAAAUUGCCAACCAAAUCUGAAAAUAGCAUCCAGAUCUUAUCGCUUUUCAAAUCAUACGAAACAGUGGAAGAAAACAGAACCACUCUGAGUCGGUCCCUGAGUCGCUGGACUGUUAUGGGAAUUCAAAAGUAAUCACCGUGUGUUAGUAAAACGCAGGGUCGCGGCAGGGGUCGAGGUCGGGGUCUAUCUCUCUUUUUUAAAGAAUGCUGUUUUAGGGUUAUGUUAGGGUUAGGGUUAGUGUUAUGUGAGGGUUAGGGUUAGUGUCAACCCGAACCCUAACCCUAACCCUAAAACAGCAUUCUUUAAAAAGAAUAUAGACCCCGACCCCGGCCCCGACCUCGCGUUUUACUGACACUCGUAAUUACCAACAAGUUGCAUCGUGCUCCAGUCUAAAGACACGUUUUCACAAAUUAACAAAAUAUAUAGUGUAUUAAUCCCGGGUAGGCCCACAGGUAACCCAGGCUCUGAGAUAGUACCACAGUACAGUUCCAGUAAAAUUCCAGGGGGAGGGGGGAGGAGGACUUCGCAUAUGAAAGGGGUGGGGAUGCUCGUCGGAAAUUUUGAAUUAAACCCCUAAAAGAGACCGGUCUGGGCGUGGCCCAAGCUUUGUUUGAUCCCUAAAAGAGGCCAUGUUAAAACUUAGACAGAUGAGAAAACUUGGAUUAUAUAAAUGGAGUAAAUAGAACGAAUUAAAAAUAUACAUAUCAAAUAUAUAGUUUUGUAUUUUUUCGCGUGCAACCCUAAACGAGACAUUCACGGCUAAAUAUGAUGGCGUUUUGCCCAGAGCACCCUAAAUGAGACCAAAAUCCGAAAUUUACACCCCUAAGCGAGACGACGAGCAUCCCCGCCACUUUCAUAUGCGGAGCCCCCCGGGGGUAAAAUUACAGUGUUAGUAUGGGGUAAAAAUACGAUCCUAAAAUUUCUAGGAGACACUAAAUAAAAAUCAAUGAAACUUACUCUACAGUUAGUUGUUGUUGUCCUUAAUGCUCCAACGACGUUUCGUGAUAAUUUGUUCAACUUCACUCUAUAUACAAUAAUAAUAUACAAGGUAGGAGACUCGAGAUGCCAUCUUCGCCGCGACGCUCUCAUUCAACACAACCUUUUCCACGAAAUUCGAACUCCAGCGGAAAAUAAACAUGCCAAGAUCGUUGAAAUAGAAUGGCAGCAGAUAUAGAGACCAAUGAAGCUUUCUCAGAUAGAGAAACGAAUCCCACAGACUUUGAAGAACUCGAAGGAUAUAAUCGAAAAAGACCGAGAACAUGAUCGCCGAAGUAGCCGGGCCAGGUCAACGCGCGGCCAAGAAAAUGAGGCCUGGGCACUGUACAAAAAAAAUCCAUCCCGGGAGUCCUGUGGUGACCUUUCUGGGGACCAAUACAUCAUUUGCCCAAAGCUACCCUCCAAUGGUGGAAAAAUACUUGAUAGAAGGCAAUUGUUCUUCCUAGCCAAUCACAAUUCGCCAGAGCAAACCCCGCACACGCGACUAAAAAAAUAACAAAACCAGGAUAGUCUAAAUUUAAAUUUAGGCGCGUGUGCGGGGUUUGCUCUGGCAAAUUAAUUGUGCUUGGUUAGGAAUAACAAUUGCCUUCUGUCAAGUAUUUUUCCAGCAGGGGAGGGUGGUGUAUCGGUCCCCAGAAGGUCAUCCCAGGACUACCGGGAUGGCUUUUUUUGGUACAGUGCCCAGGCCUCAUUUUCUUGGGUUCGAGUUUGUCAAGGUCUGUGGGAUUUCUCUCCCUAUCUGGGAAAGCUUCAUUGGUUUCCAUAUCUGCUGCUAUUCUAUUUCUACGAUCCUGGCAUGUUUAUAUUCCGUUGGAGUUCGAAUUUCGUGGAAAAAGUUGUGUUGAAAGCGAGGAUGGCGGCGAAGAUAGCAUCUCGUGUCUCCUACCUUGUAUAUUAUUAUUGUAUAUAGAGUGAAUUUGAACAAAUUAUCACGAAACUUCGUUGGAGCAUUAAGGACAACAACAACUAACUGCAGAGUAAGUUUCAUUGAUCUUUAUUUAGUAUUUUCUAGAAAUUUUAGGAUCGUAUUUUUACCCCAUACGAACACUGUAAUUUUACUGGGACCGUACUGUGGUACUAUCACAGAGCCUGUGUCACCUGUGGUGGGCCUUUCCCAAUUAUGCUCGGCAACUUUUGGCUUUUGGAGCAAAUUUUUGCGGUUCUAGCAACCUCGAGCAAAUUUUGCCUUUCUGAACAACUUUUGAGCAAAAUAUGGGUUUAGUGGCCCCCCGGUUUAAAGCACAUAUCAAACACGAAAAAGUCAACGAGUUCAUAGAAAACUUCAAUGUUUUUAAUUUCUUUUUUAAUUUUUUUUAAUUUUUAAUUCUUUUUUAUUCUGAGGAACGAAAAUAAAGCUUUUAAUCAACAUCAAUCAAGAAAUUCAGGUGGAAACUUUUGAAAUUCAGGUAGCAACUUUUUGGCAUUCCAGUGAGCAACUUUCCAGCAUUUUACGAGCACAACUGGGAAAGGCCUAACCAGGGGGGAUACUCCCUGUAAUGGCAUAUACGGGGGGCUCAAAAAGGGGUACCUUUUUCAGGCAUUAGAUGGAGAACUUUUUUUUCUCAGCUAUCGUAGCGAUCAUAUGGAAACCAGGCUUUAAGCUCCCUGUUAGACUGCGUCAGGUCGCAGACAUAAUUUACUAGGCAAUAACAAAACUGCCCAUGCCCCUGCGCAGACCCCUGGGAAUCUGAUUUUUUUUAAAGGUUUUGGUCAAAUUCCCCGGUAUGUUGGCAGUUUAGAUGGUCAAAUACCCCACCGGCUAGCCCUUCAAAAAAUGUCAAAUCCCCCCCACUCCAUUAGCGACUUUUCAUGAUCAAAAAUUUUCUCCAUGCGUCAAACCGUUUAUUCAAAUCUAAAUUUCCUCCUAAUCACAACCUGGGAACGAAGUUGCCGAAAUAUGUCAAGUCUAGGAAAACUGUCUUACGGAGAUUUGUUCAUUCCAAUAACAUUGUUCAUUUCAGAAAGCCCGCAUUUAACGGGCUUUUUCAAGCUACGUUCAGACGGACGCAAUGUUGGGAGUUGUUGGCCAACAAUGUUGCUCCAACAAUGCUGCGUCCGUUUGCACGUAGCUUCAAAGGCUCUCAAAUGCUCCAACAAAAGAGUGAAUAUAGGAGCAAUGACGUCAAUAAUCCUUGAACGUGAUGUACACGGUGAACGAAACACUGACCAACAUUUUGACACAAAAGUCAAUGCCUGACAGGUCGGGCCUCAGUUUGGGUCAAAUUCCCCACUGUACGGGAAAAUGCCCGGGGUAUGCCUGGGGAGUGGGAGGUUUUGGAAUUGACUGGUAAAUAAUCUAACCCUUGUUAGAAGUUUAGUUCCGUCUUUGGCGCAGGCAAGCUAGCUGGAUUAAGGCUCGAUACUGAUAAACAUUCGGCUGGUGCACGAUAUACCUAGCGAAUAGCAAGUCUCGAGUUACGUCACAAAGAACACAACAAUGAUCCUUAUCCCUUACACAAUAACACAAUAGAACGAGACAAUAGUGCAUAUUGACUCGGUAUAUAUAUCGAGCAUCACCCAAACAUUAGCUCAUUUGUUUAAAACCCACUUUUAACUGAGUCUGGGUUUCUAAUUUCUUUCUAGUAGCAGCAACCGGUCAGGGUAACAGCAAGUCAGCUGACAAGUGGAUUCCAGCGAUUGCGAUUUUAACGGCUGGACUGGCCUUGUUUUUUAUCCUGUUUACGACGUAUCACUUUAUUAGUAAAAAGUUUGGCACAGGAUACCGCGCGUGUAAACGUAAGAUGACAUCCAAUUAUUUAUCAAGCAAAGGAAAUCACUAA